AUGGCCCGGAGAGGUAAGACGGCGGUGAGGACGCUGGAAGACCUGACGCUGGACUCCGGGUAUGGUGGUGCGGCGGACUCGGUGCGCUCCUCCAACUUGUCGCUGUGUUGCUCGGAUUCGCACCCCGCGUACCCCUAUGGAGGAAGCUGCUGGCCGCACAUAACUGACUCCAUGCACAGUCGGCACAACAGCUUCGACACCGUCAACACCGUCCUAGCGGAAGACUCCGAGGUGCUGGACUGCGCGGGGCAGCAGUGCUCCCGGCUCCUGCCCGACCUUGAGGAGGUCCCCUGGAGCCUGGAGGAGGUGGAGGCACUGCUGCUGCCGUCGCCGCCGCGCCGGGAGCCGCGGGCGCCGGGCGCCGCCAGCCCCGGGAGCCGGGAUGCGGCGGCGCGGCUCUCGACGCUGGUGAGCCGGGCGCUGGUGCGCAUCGCUCGGGAGGCGCAGCGACUGAGCCUCCGCUUCGCCAAGUGCACCAAGCACGAGGUGCGGAGCGCCAUGGAGAUCGUCCUGGGCUGGACGCUGGCUGCCCGCUGCACGGCAGCCGCCCUCGGCGCCCUCUCCCUCUACAACAUGAGCAGCAGCGGCGGCGACCGCUUCAGUCGCGGCAAGUCGGCGCGGUGCGGACUGGCCUUCUCCGUGGGCAAGUUCUACCGCUGGAUGGUGGACAGCCGCGUGGCCCUGCGCAUCCACGAGCACGCCGCCAUCUACCUCACCGCCGGCACCGAGAGCCUCUUCCGUGACAUCCACGCGCGGGUGCUGGCCGGCCCCGCCGCCCCGCUCCCACCGCCCGGCCGCCCCCCGGCCGCCGCCGCAGCCCCGGCCGAGAAGGAGAAGGAGAGCGGCGAGGCGCCCCGCUUCACCCUGGAGGCUCUGGAGCAGACGGUCAACAACGACCCCGAGCUCUGGGGCUUACUGCAACCCUACCAGCACCUCAUCUGCGGAAAGAACGCCAGCGGUGUUCUCUGCCUGCCGGACAGCUUGAACCUUCACAAGGAUCAGCAAAGGUCAGGCAAGCCCGGGGAGGUGCAGAUGUUCAGCCAGUCAGAGCUGAGGACCAUCGAGCAGUCUCUGCUUGCCACGCGCGUGGGGAGCAUCGCUGAACUCAGUGACCUGGUGUCUCGAGCGAUGCACCACCUGCAGCCCCUCAAUGCCAAGCAGCACGGGAACGGGACACCGAUGCACCAGAAGCAGGGAUCCUUCUACUGGGAGCCAGAGGCUCUCUACACCCUUUGCUACUUCAUGCACUGCCCACAGAUGGAGUGGGAAAACCCCAACGUGGAGCCCUCGAAAGUCACGCUGCAGACUGAGAGGCCGUUCAUCGUGCUGCCCCCGCUGAUGGAGUGGAUUCGGGUGGCGGUGGCUCACGCCGGGCACCGGCGCAGUUUCUCGGUGGACAGCGAUGACGUGCGGCAGGCGGCCCGGCUCCUGCUGCCGGGAGUUGACUGCGAGCCCCGACAGCUGAAGAUCGACGACUGUUUCUGUGCCUCUCGGAAGCUGGAUGCAGUUGCCACCGAGGCCAAGUUCAAGCAGGACCUGGGUUUUCGGAUGCUCAACUGCGGCCGGACAGAUCUGGUUAAGCAAGCCAUAUCCUUGCUGGGGCCAGAUGGGAUCAACAGCAUGAGCGAGCAGGGCAUGACUCCACUGAUGUAUGCUUGUGUCAGGGGUGAUGAGGCUAUGGUGCAGAUGCUGCUAGAUGCUGGAGCAGAUCUGAAUGCUGAGGUUGUCAGUACUGCUCAUAAAUACCCAUCCGUCCACCCUGAGACCCGCCAUUGGACAGCUCUGACAUUUGCUGUGUUGCAUGGACAUAUUCCUGUAGUUCAGCUAUUGCUGGAUGCUGGAGCAAAGGUAGAAGGUUCCUUAGAGCAUGGAGAGGAAAAUUACUCUGAAACUCCUUUACAGCUGGCAGCAGCUGCUGGAAAUUUUGAACUGGUUAGUUUGCUGUUGGAGCGAGGAGCUGACCCCAUGAUAGGAACAAUGUACAGGAAUGGCAUUUCCAUGACUCCACAAGGUGACAUGAACUCUUUCAGUCAGGCUGCUGCACAUGGACACAGGAAUGUUUUCCGCAAGCUGCUUGCUCAGCCGGAGAAGGAGAAGAGCGAUAUCCUGUCGCUGGAGGAGAUCCUGGCCGAGGGCACAGACUUGCCCGACUCGGCAGCAGCUCCGCUCUGCGCCAGCCGCAACAGCAAGGCCAAGCUGAAGGCCCUGAAGGAGGCCAUGUACCACAGCGCCGAGCACGGCUACGUGGAUGUCACCAUCGACAUCCGGAGCAUAGGUGUUCCCUGGACACUGCACACGUGGCUGGAGUCUCUGCGCACGUCCUUCCAGCAGCACCGACGGCCCCUCAUCCAGUGCUUGCUGAAGGAGUUCAAGUCCAUCCAGGAAGAGGAGUACACUGAGGAGCUUAUCACACAGGGGUUGCCUCUCAUGUUCGAGAUACUGAAGGCCAGCAAGAACGAGGUGAUCAGCCAGCAGCUCUCUGUCAUUUUCACUCAUUGCUAUGGACCCUACCCAAUUCCAAAGCUCGUGGAAAUUAAGCGCAAGCAGACCUCCCGCCUGGAUCCUCAUUUUCUUAACAAUAAAGAGAUGUCAGAUGUCACAUUUCUGGUGGAAGGAAGACCUUUUUAUGCACAUCGAGUGUUGCUAUUUACUGCAUCACCAAGGUUUAAAGCAUUGCUGUCUAGCAAGCCCUCAUCUGAUAGUACUUGUAUUGAGAUCAACUAUGUGAAGUACCCCAUCUUUCAGCUGGUUAUGCAGUAUCUUUAUUAUGGAGGUGCAGAGUCACUCCUGAUUAAAAAUAAUGAAAUUAUGGAGCUUCUCUCUGCUGCUAAAUUUUUCCAGCUUGAAGCUUUACAACGACACUGUGAGAUCAUUUGUGCAAAAAGCAUUAAUACAGAAAACUGUGUGGAUAUUUAUAAUCAUGCCAAGUUCCUCGGCGUCACAGAACUAUCUGCCUAUUGUGAAGGCUACUUUCUAAAAAAUAUGAUGGUCCUCAUUGAAAACGAAGCUUUCAAACAGUUGUUGUAUGACAAGAAUGGAGAAACAUCUGGUCAGAAUGUACUAGAGGACUUACAGAGGACGUUGGCCACAAGGAUUCAGUCAAUUCAUUUGUCUUCUUCAAAGGGCUCCGUUGUCUAA